AUGACUAUGGAGUUAAAAGAAAAAGAAGAGUCGGACUAUUAUAUAAAAUUUGGAGUAGACUGGUUGUCUAAAUGGAUUCGUCAGCAGAUCCAUCACUACGAAGACUUUGAUUGUGCCCUUAACUCUUUGGAUGCCUUUGCUAAAAUGAACCAGAAUGGCACUGAAGCUGCCCUUCAGGAUCCCAACAGCUCUCUGCUCCUGUCCACAAGUUCAAAGAUUCUGACACUACUUUCUGCUCCGGAGGGAGCUCUUCCUUUAACACCUGGCGCUCUUCAUGAAAGGAAAGCACAACUUUCAGUUUUGGAAACAGGCUCUGCCGAACGCAUCGCAACUCGCCCAACAACCUCCGAUUCACCCUUCUCCACAAAGCAAAAUAAAUUGACAGGCUCCAGCCCCAUGGGUUCCACUGCUGAAAACAGGAGGAAGAAAGCAAGCGAUCAGUUCUCCGCUGGCAGCAUAGAAAAUUACUUCACUAAAAUGCGGAAUUCAACCCCAACAGUAAAGAAGAAUUACAUCUUCAGGGCUCCUAGGCCAACAGAAAAAGCAGGGGAGGAAGACGGUCACUCUGUUCCUUACGGACCCCAGCAGAAUAUUUUGUGGGUCGAAGAAGAUCAACCAAUAAGACAGUUGCCAGAUGGCAAAGCGGUUCAUGGUUCUCCAAGGACAAAGAUGACCUUGAUGACUGAGAAAUGUCCCCACGAAAGACAGCACGCUGGACAUAAAGGCUUGGAGAAGGUGGUGUCUUCUCCCAGGAGGUCAGAUCCUGGUGUCGAAACCGAUGCUGGAGACGACAGGCUCUGUUUUACACCUGAACUGUAUGAUGAUGAUGAUGAUGAAGAGGUGGUGGAAGAGAAGAACGAAGGCAUGAUUCACAAUCACGACAGCACUUUGACUUCCUUUGAAACCACAAACACAGUUCUGGUGGAAGAACUUUGUCCACCCAGCGCUCAAAGGCCAGGAGAAGCAGGAGUGGGUGCAGAGUGGUGGGGGGCCGCGGAGCACAGCCAGAAUGACAGAAGUGCCAUUGAGGAAGCUGGGCAUAAGGUCGGCAUUGAGGAAACGAAGCAGGAGGCAGAGAGAGAGGGAAAUCAGCUUCCUGGAUCACAAAGCAAAGGGCUGAAAGUACAGAGAAGGUAUACGCGAAGAGCAAGGAAGACUUCUAAUAACAGAAAGGCACACCAGCAACAGGUAACCUUGAAAGAAUGUGUAGAUCGAAGAGUAUGAGUGGAAAUA